UGAAAUUCGACAAACACCUAAAACUGAGUGAAAGAACAGGCAGUGACAAAGACGCUGCAGCUCUCCUCAAAACCGCUGAGUUGCUUGGUUUCGAAACCGAAGAAUAUCUGGAUCUUGAGAGAAAACAAAUUCGCAGAAAACUUUAUGAACUUUCGGAGAUGGACCAUGGCGAUCACGAUUGCUUUGCGUGCGCUAUUCUCACUCAUGGUGGAAAAGAUAACAUCUUAUAUUCGCAUGACGAUGAGAUGAAAUUAAAAGAUUUUACCACUCCUUUCGAAGCAGACAAAUGUCGUUCGCUUGCAUCGAAACCAAAGCUCUUCUUUGUACAGGCAUGUCGUGGGGACCUACUUGACCGAGGAGCAAAAGUAAUUCAUUUGAAACAAUCGACUGGCGACGUGUUGGACCGCAACCCAAGCAAAGUUGAAAGUUACACAAUUCCUGUACAGGCAGAUUUCUUGAUUUCUCAAGCGACAGCACCAGAUUAUUACGCUUGGAGAAGUUCUGACAAAGGAUCUAUUUUCAUUCAAACACUUUGUUCAGUUUUUGAACGCUAUAGUGACGAAAUGGACAUAAUGAAGAUUUUAACGCGAGUGAACCGUGUGGUUGCUUUCAACUUCGAGUCUUGGACACAGCGUCCUGACAUGAACCAUAUGAAGCAGAUUCCAUCCAUCACCAGUCAACUAACUGCGGAACUAUUCAUCAAAAAGCCAAAACGAAAUACCAAUCCGAGCACUUAAUUGUACAAACAGUGGGAUCUACUGCUAUUAAAUAAACAGCCUGAAAACGUUUUCGUUUAUUCCAAACGUGUACCAUACCACAAGAAAAGGCAGAAAAAAAAUGUUUAAGCUUGAUUUCCAAACCGUACAUAUUAUUUUGUGCUAUUUUACGUGUAUUACGAAUAAUAAAUUCAUCUAAUAUUUAAUUAAAA